GUCGGGGCCCCGCCCCCAAGCUGUGGAGUGGCACUCGGGCCGGAUGUCUCAGAGCGCGGAGAGCUUGUGGAUUCUGCGUCUCCGCGGCUGGCCGAGGCAGUCAUGGAGGCCGGUGCCUCCGCCGAGCCCGAGACAGUCGAAGUGCUGCCCCAGCACAAGUUCGACACCGGGUCCCUAGAGGCCUAUCUAAACCAGCACUUGCCCGGCUUUGGGGCCGAGUCCGAGGCCCAACUGACCGUUGCCCAAUACAGCUCAGGACAGUCCAACCCAACCUUUUAUCUCCGGAAGGGCUUUCAAGCAUACGUACUCAGAAAAAAACCACCUGGAUCACUUCUUCCUAAAGCACAUAAGAUUGAUAGAGAAUUUAAAGUCCAGAAAGCUUUGUUUUCAAUUGGAUUCCCCGUUCCCAAGCCUUUAUUGUACUGCAGUGAUGCUUCAGUCAUUGGAACAGAAUUUUACGUGAUGGAACAUGUGCAGGGUCGAAUCUUUCGUGAUUUCACAAUUCCUGGAGUUAGCCCAGCAGAACGCUCAGCCAUAUAUGUGGCCAUGGUAGAAACCAUGGCUCAGUUACAUUCCUUGAAUGUAAAGUCAUUGCAGCUGGAAGAAUAUGGUAGAGGAGCUGGGUAUUGCAAAAGACAGGUGUCAACCUGGACAGAGCAGUAUAAAGCUGCAGCUCAUCAGGACAUCCUUGCCAUGAACCAGCUAUCUGAGUGGCUAAUGAAAAACUUGCCAGAUAAUGACAACGAAGAAACUUUGAUACAUGGAGAUUACAAACUAGAUAACAUAAUUUUCCACCCUAAAGAGUCUCGAGUUAUAGCUGUACUGGAUUGGGAGCUUUCAACCAUUGGUCAUCCUUUGUCAGACUUAGCUCAUCUCUCCCUGUUCUUCUUUUGGCCAAGGACAGUUCCAAUGAUAAAUCAAAGUUCUUAUUUUAAAGAAAACAUAGGGAUACCAUCAAUGGAAGAAAUCAUUUCAAUAUAUUGCCGCUACAGAGGAAUUAAUUCUAUUCUUCCUAACUGGAAUUUCUUUAUUGCCCUGACGUAUUUUAAAAUGGCUGGCAUAGCACAGGGAGUGUAUAGUAGAUAUCUUCAGGGAAAUAAUGCAUCUGAGAAAAGCUUUCUGUUUGCCAAGUUUGUGCAACCUCUGGCAGAAACCGGAUUACAACUCUCAAAACGGACUUUUGGUACUACACCAUCACAGAUUGAUACUUCCCAACAGUUGUUUGUACAGAGUAAGACAGGCCAGGAAGUUCUUACUAGGGUGAAGCAUUUCAUGAAACAACACAUCCUUCCAGCUGAAAAAGAGGUAAUUGAGUUCUAUGUGCAAAAUGAAAAUUCAGUGGACAGAUGGAAAAAACCUUUAGUGAUUGAUAAGCUCAAGGAAAUGGCCAAAGCAGAAGGCCUCUGGAACUUGUUUUUGCCAGCUGUAAGCGGUCUCAGCCAGGUGGACUAUGCCUUGAUUGCUGAAGAAACAGGAAAAUGCUUUUUUGCUCCGUAUGUCUUUAACUGCCAAGCUCCAGACACAGGGAACAUGGAGGUGCUCCACUUGUAUGGAAGUGAAAAGCAGAAACAGCAGUGGCUUGAGCCUCUUCUUCAAGGAAACAUCUCAUCCUGCUUCUGUAUGACAGAGCCCAAUGUAGCUUCAAGUGAUGCCACAAACAUUGAAUGUAGCAUCCAACGAGAUGGAGAUAGCUAUAUAAUUAAUGGCAAGAAAUGGUGGAGCAGCGGAGCUGGGAAUCCAAAGUGCACAAUUGCAAUUGUUAUGGGAAGAACUAAAAAUACCUCUGCAACCAGAUACAAACAACACUCAAUGGUUCUUGUUCCUAUCAACACACCUGGAGUAGAAAUAAUAAGGCCUUUGUCAGUUUUUGGCUACAUAGAUAAUUUCCAUGGAGGACAUUUUGAGAUCCAUUUUAAUCAAGUACGAGUUCCUGCUACCAAUUUAAUAUUAGGCGAAGGUAGGGGGUUUGAAAUCGCCCAAGGCCGCCUCGGGCCCGGCAGAAUCCACCACUGUAUGAGAACAGUAGGUCUGGCAGAACGUGCUUUGCAGAUCAUGUGUGAACGGGCAACACAAAGGGUGGCCUUUAAGAAGCAGCUGUUUUCACAUGAGGUUGUGGCCCACUGGAUUGCUGAAAGCCGCAUCGCCAUUGAGAAGAUACGUUUGUUGACCUUGAAAGCCGCUCACAGCAUUGACACUCUGGGCAGCACCGGUGCUAAGAAGGAGAUUGCAAUGAUUAAAGUGGCUGCCCCGCGGGCCGUCUGCAAAAUUAUUGACCGUGCCAUCCAAGUGUGCGGAGGUGCCGGUGUUUCCCAGGACUACCCUCUGGCUAACAUGUAUGCCCUCACCCGAGCGCUGCGCUUAGCAGACGGGCCCGACGAAGUCCACCUGUCCACGAUCGCAGCGAUGGAGCUGCGGGACCAGGCCGGCGGCGUGCGGUCCAAGGUGUAGGCGGCGGCGGCGCACCCCGGACACACUUCUCGGCCUCCAGCACUUGCACCUCUUUGUUUCUGCAGUUUGAGCACAGGAUUAAUUACUCGCUUUCAGUAAAGAUUGGAGCAUCUGUUUUGAUCAGUGGGUUUUAUAAUUUCAGGGGUCACACAGGUUUAAGUUAAAUUGUACGGCUGCCAUCAGUUUAUCACCUAAACGCUUAGCAUUUAUUUUUAGAACAUUCAGCUUGUAAAGAGAUAGGGAAGUAGACUGCAUAGGCAUAAAAGUAUUCUCGCUUUUGGAUUCUCAGGAAUUGUUCCGUUUAGAGAAGUAGCCAAGGAGUCACUGCUCUUUAAAAAACAUACUGGUGUCUUUUUUAACACUGGGUUGAGGGGUUGGGUUAACACUUCGUAGGACCACAGUGUUGGCCCUGGGGAAAGCUGCAUGACCGACGGAGUCACUGUAGAAUUCAUGUAAGCCUCUUCAUACUUCAACAGAAAACAUUUAUACAUCAAAUCUGAAUGUAGUUUAAAGUUUAUUAGAAAACAUUAUGAGAAAAUGUGAUUACGAAAAAUUUUAAUUAUGUUGAUGAGAGCAGUGAAUAAUUUAAGCUAUAAGAAAGUUAUUUAGUUUUGAGAAGAGAUUAAAACCCAUCUGCUCUGAACGCCAUUCUGUCACUUCCAUACCUAAGCACACAUUCUUGCGGUUCUAAAAUCAGCGCUGCCCAAUCUGUACAGCGGCCACUGGCCACGUGUGCCUCUGGAACAUUUGAAUUAUGCCUAAUGCACCGAGGAACUGCAGGUUUUUAAAUUUUUAACUAAAUAUUCUUAGUUUUUGGAAACCUUUUAGGUAUGCCUGCACACUUGGGAAUGUGAAUUGACUUUCAAAUGUAAACAAGGAGCAAGUAUUUUAGAUGAAAAUUUACAACCCAAAUUAAGAAAGAGUCACUGUAAAAUACAUAUCAAAUUGUGAACACUUACUAUGAGAAAAGGUAAAAUACCUCAUUAACACUUUUUAGCGUCAUGAUUACAAAUUGAAAUAAUAAAAUGUGGAGAGAAGGCCGACCUUGUCUUAGUGUGCUUCACCGGGGCAGCCGCGUGGCCAAGCAGGCCCGUCGGCGCCUUUCUCCCAACAGCAUUUGCUCACUGUGUCUGCCACGUGCUGGCAGUACUCACGUUUCACGUGUUUUCAUUAUUAUACUGACUCGCUGAGAUCUCAUCAUAAAACUUGAACGGAUGAGGACUUGGUUCUUAUGGAUGAGCAAAGAAAGUGGUUUCUUGAGAUGAAUCUACUCCUGGGGAAUAUUGAAAUGACCAAAAAAAAAAAAGUUAAAAUAUCACAUAAACUUAGUUGAUAAAGCAGCAGCAGGAUUUCAGAGAUUUGACUCCAGUUCUGAAAGAAGUUCCAUGGGUAAAAUGCUAUCAAACAGCAUCACAGGCUACAGAGAAAGAGUUCAUGAGAAAAAGUCAAUCGACGCAGCACAUUUUGCUGCGUUGUCUUACUUUAGGGAGGGCCGCAGCCACCCCAAACCUCAGCAGUCCUCACCCUGAGCAGUUAACAGCUGCCAACAUAGAGGCAAGAGUCUCCUCCAGCAAAAAUAUUGUGACUCGGGGAAAGCUCAGAUGAUGGUUAACAUUUUUUUUUAGCAAUAAAGUGUUUUUUUUUUUUUAAGAUUUUGCUUUCCAGUAAUCUCCACAUCCAUUGUUAGACUCGAACUCACAUCCCUGAGAUCAAGAGUCACAUGUUCCACUGACUGGAUCACCCAGGUGCCCUGACCGCUCAAAGUAUUUUUAAUUAAUAUGCAUCCACAGUUGUUUAGGCAAUGCCAUUGCAAACUAAAUGCAGUACAGUACAGUGUGAACGUGAGUGUCCCACGCCCUGGGAAACCAGAAAAUCCCUGACUUGCUUUACUGUGGUCUGGUUCCUGAUCCCCCACAUCUCUAAGGUACGCCUGUGACUGAAUUAAAAUGUUAUUAAAAUCAAUUUCACUGGUUCCUUGUUACCUUUUAAUGCCACUGGAAUAUUACCUGGUAAAAUUUAAAUUUUCAAAUGAAAGUAUUUUUAUUUCUUAAACCUUCAAGCUCUGUUAUAUUAACAUACACAUCACAAACAUUUGUUGAUGGCCAGAGAUUAUUUAAAUGGCUUCUUGGAGUAGGGAGCCAGCAUUAAACAAAGACCUGGCUUUGAGUCUUCUGUGUCACAUGGGCCUCCUGAACUUUUGCCUUUGAGCCGUAAUCUCUCUGAACCUCAUUUUUUCUUUCUGUUCAUGGGAUGAACUUCAAUCUAGAGGACCCUUGCCUCCGGAGGGUUUGCUGUGACCAUCACUAAAGCCGUGGAGAAGCACUUGGGAGAUUUCCGAACCACAGUAUUUUAUAAGGUAUCCUCAUGUGAAGUAGAUAAAAUCUUAUAACCCAAGCUAUCGAAUCUUACUUCUAGUUUUAAAAGUUGUCACUUGGAAGAAAUCGGGAUUGGGGCGUCUGGUGGCUCAGUCCGUUAACGCAUCUGCCUUUUGAUUUUGGCUCCGGUCAUGAUCUCAGGGUUCAAGAGAUGGAGGCCUGUGUUGGGCUCGUGCUGACAGUACAGAGCCUUCUUGGGAUGCUCUGUCCACCCCAUGUGCGUGCACUCUCACCUUCUCUCAAAAUAAAGUUUAAAAAAAGUC